AUGACAAAUGUGGAUGAAGGAAAAGUGGCAUUGAAAUAUAUGGAAGAAAUGUAUUAUCAGGAUUCUUUGAAUGUGAUGAUGAAAUGGUUGAAUAUUGAGUUAGUGAGAAUCCAAAUUGUCUUCACGAUCAUUGAUUUUUCAAACAAUAGUUUCAAAGGAGAGAUGCCAAAGAUAAUUGGAAGACUAAAAUCACUCAAGGGGCUCAACUUUUCUCACAAUAACCUUAUUGGUUAUAUUCCAUCAUCAUUUGGAAAUUUGACAAAUAUUGAAUGGUUAGACCUCUCUUUCAACAAGCUUAUCGGGGAGAUUCCUAGGCAAUUGGUAGAUAUACCAUGGCUUGCAAUUUUAAAUCUGUCACAUAACCAACUUAUAGGGCACAUAUCUUUAGGAAAGCAAUUUGAUACGUUUGAUAAUAAUUCAUACACUGAAAACCUGGAUUUAUGUGGAUUUCCAUUGUCAAGAACAUGCAACAGCCUUGAGGUAAAGAAACCACCACCAUUGACCUUACAACAAGAAGACAAUUUAGAGUUAGAAAAUGGGUUUGGUUGGCAAGUUGUAUUGAUGGGUUAUGGAUGUGGAGUGAUAUUUGGAAUGUUGAUGGGAUAUCUUAUGUUUAAAAUUGGAAAACCAUAG